AUGAAAUAUUUAUGGAAUCCCCAUAUCAAAGAAGCAAUACCAAAUUCACCUUUAGAAAAAUCCGAAGUGAUAGGAGUUGUAACUUUACGUGCUUGUAAAGAACUCAAACGCAACAAUGGUAUGAAAAUACGAUAUGAUGACAAUGUUGCAGUUGCCAUGAUCAAGAAGGAAAUUCAAAGGGAACUCGAAUUUUUGGUGCGAUCUCACAGGAGUUGA